AUGAUGGAUCCAUCUGCAGCGGCUGGGACGCACGUUUGCGAGCCUUCCAGCGUGCCUCUGUCAUCGCGGGCUCGCCCAUCUUGGGCGGCCUCACUGAGAGCGACGGUGGCGUGUCUCUCCGUUUCGUGCGCUCUUCUCGCCCACGCGCAGACGGCCGGCGGUCGCCGCCCUACCCAGGCGCCCAACCGCCCUGUCGACGCCGCCGACUUCUCGGGAUUCCUCCACAUUCCUGUUGCCAUCGCCGCGUUCAUCGCACUCUUCGGCGUCGCAGUGUAUCUGUAUCACCUACUGCAGGCGGCGGAAGAGAAGGAGAAGGCAGAGGAGCCGGCACCGGCUGGAGGAGUGCAGCCGCGGGGCAGCCCUUCGACUCAGCAGCAGGCGCGCAGACGGCGCUUGGACCGGUCGGCUCUCGAGAGCCUGAUCGCCGCGCCCCAGGCAGAGGCAUACACUCAAGCUGAAGGCCGCGCCGGCGACGCCGCCGGAAGAAUGGGCGUGGCUGGCGAGGGCGGAGCCCCAGGCGCCGCGACCGCCGCGGGCGCCGAAGCGCUGACGGCGGCCCAGCGGAGACGUGAAGAACGUGAAGCACGCAGAGAGGAACGCCGGCAGCAGCAGGGUCAGAGGCAAGAACGAGAGGAAAACAGUGACGGAGACGCGCCGGUGCAGCGCGCAGCGCCGAAGAAAGGGGAGACGUACCGUCUGCGCCAGCUGGAGCGGGAAAAGGAGAGACAGCGAAGAGAGGAAGAGGAACAGCGGAAGCAGGAAGAAAAACGGAGGCAAGAAGAAGAUGAGUACAACAAAUGGAAGGCCAUGUUCGCCGUGGAAGAGUCUGGCGAGAUGGCGAGGGACGAGGAGGAAGAGAAUCGCGAGUUGGAACGAUUUAUCAACUUCAUCAAAGUCCACAAGAUGACGGAGCUUGACGACCUUGCGGCUGAGUUUGGCCUUCAUACUAAGGACGUGGUUCAACGCAUUCGGUCUCUGGAGGACUGCGGGCGUCUGAGUGGAGUCCUCGAUGAUCGCGGCAAGUACUUUUAUAUCACGGAGCAGGAGUUGGACGCAGUUGCAGACUUCCUCAGAUCCAAAGGGCGCAUUCACAAGGAGAAGGAUCUUGUUCCGGCGUGCAACAGGAUCAUCCGUCUGCAGCCAACUGAAGAAGACAAAAGAGCGCUGAAAGAGGAGGAGCGAAGAGCCAUGAAUCUGAUCGAUCUGACCGAAGACGCAGAUCGCUGA